CUACCAGAUUGCGGCUAAACAUGGUUGGCUUCAUAUCGACGGCCUACAAAUUCCGAAACUCGGAACGAUGUCGUGAAAAUCCUAGCUUUUUCUUGUUCUGCGGCAACCGUAAUGCUAAUAAUCUGUUAUGUAGUAUUAUGUGCUGCAUUGGCCGUCGUUUCGACCGUUGGAGACAUUGUCAUAUCGCACAGCUACUUCGUGGGACUGCCUGCAGUGAGAGCAGUAUGGGACAACUCCACGCACGGCUUAGUCGGAGUGAUAUGCUGGAUGCUAACUUGCGGAAAUUUUCCUUGUCUUGCUGUUUGGAAAGAAAGCCUAUUGUGCGGCCUCAUUGCGUGCUCUGUUGACGUGGAUCACUUUAUCGCAGCUGGAUCGUUCAAGCUUAAGGAUGUCACCAACCUAAAGAACAGGCCAUUUUUGCACUGCACCUCAGUCGUCGUGCUGAUCAUACUACUCAGUAUUGCACUGGCUAAGUUAUUGGGACGGCCACAGCUAUUCAGGAUUGGAAUGACUGCUUUUGUUGCAGUCACAACACAUCAUGUUAGAGAUGCACUGCGGAGAGGCCUGUGGUUGUGGCCGUUUGGAAGUACUCCACCUCUCAGACUGGAAGCCUAUUAUUUCGGAUUGGCAGCCAUUGUAAUCUCGUCUGCCUUUGUGACACGAGACUCAGCUGUACCACGUAUCACACAUUUCGACGAAGCCAAGUUGUCUCUGGUUUAACUACGAGAGAGAUUUUAGAAAAUGCUCACAGGUUGUUCUUUUCCCGAACUGGUGACGAUAAAUCCAGACGUACACUACGCUGGUUCACGUUGGUAGAGGUCUGUAUAGGUUUAGGGUAAUGCCCCGUAAAUUGCACAUUAUUCAGCAUUAUCUGUGAUAUGAAUUGCCCAUUGCGCGUAUGAACGCACCUCACUAUCUGAUUAUAACAAUUGUUUGCGGCCGAAUCGUUAGUCUCUCUUAUCUGUGCCCUUGUAUUGCAGGAAGGUAUUGUAGGAAUUGCGAUCACAUCGCAAUACUGUGCCGUUCCUGAAUUUGAGUAUCCCCACUAUGAUUCAUGAAAGUGCAAGAUAGUUUAUCCUUUAUACAUCUGCUCUCAUUACUGCUUCCGCAUUGGUUACCGUUUGACGCACCAAGGCCAAAUUUAUUGGUCAAACUAGAAUGGCGUCAAAGGGAAAACAUUCCGAUGGCAGUGUAUAUCCCUGCCGAGCGCAAAGUCGCACCCAAUAAAGAUGCCUUUCAUGCGCAGG